GAAGUUGGCAAGCUAAUGCAAAAUGGCAUCAUCCCCUGAGAAUUCUCCAUCACAAGAUUCCCCACCUGCUCCAUCACCAUCAAAUUCAACACAAGAUAACUCACCAACACCAUCAUCAGCACCCAAAAGCUCACCAUUGCCACCGCCACCAUCACCAUCCCCACCACCUCCUCCUCCACCACAAUCAUCAUCAUCAUCUUCACCACCACCUAAUAAAAAUAAUUCUUCGUCUUCUUCUUCUUCUCCUCCUCCUCCUCCUCCGCCUCCUAAAAGUAGCAGCAACCCUUCUCCCCCACCUCCAUCCAAAAGCAGUGGUACCAAUUCAAACACUUCUUCGUCUUCUUCUUCUUCUUCUUCUUCUUCACCAUCCUCAAAUUCAACUGAUGACGACAUGGAUGUACAAAUCAUUAUAGGAGUUGCUGUGGGGGCAGGAUUAUUGCUCCUUGUUGUUGUCAUCUUUUUAGCAAGAUGCGUUCAGCAAAAGAAGAGGAAGAAGAAAAGCCAUCAGCAAAUGCAGUACUAUCCACCUCAUGAAGCUAAAGGUGUUAGUGAUCAAUAUUAUAACAGCUCACAAAAUCCUCAGUGGGGCAAUGGUUUUCAAGGGGCAGAGCAUGCUGUCAAAGUACUCCCACCACCAACAGGAGGUGGUGGCUGGGGUUCAACAUCUCCUAUGCAACCACCGUUUUACAGCGGUGAAGCAAGCUCCAACUUUUCAGGCCCACAUCAUCCUCCUUUGCCACCUCCACCACCAAAUAUUGCUCUGGGAUUCAAUAAGAGUACUUUCACUUAUGAGGAGCUGACAGCUGCUACAGGUGGAUUUUCUCAGGCCAAUCUGCUUGGUCAAGGUGGGUUCGGAUAUGUGCACAAGGGUGUAUUCCCAAAUGGUAAGGAGGUUGCAGUUAAGAGUUUAAAAAUGGGUAGUGGACAAGGAGAAAGGGAAUUCCAGGCUGAAGUUGAAAUAAUUAGCCGUGUCCACCAUCGCCAUCUUGUGUCACUUGUUGGAUAUUCCAUUGCUGGCGGGCAGCGGAUGUUGGUGUAUGAAUUUGUUCCAAAUAAAACCUUGGAAUAUCAUCUCCAUGGAAAGGAUUGUCUAGUCAUGGAUUUUUCCACUAGACUUCGUAUUGCAUUAGGUUCUGCUAAAGGGGUUGCUUAUCUUCAUGAAGAUUGCCAUCCUCGCAUUAUUCAUCGUGAUAUCAAAGCAGCUAAUAUUCUCCUUGACAAUAACUUUGAAGCCAUGGUGGCCGAUUUUGGAUUGGCCAAGCUGUCUUCUGAUAACUACACUCAUGUCUCAACUCGGGUGAUGGGAACUUUUGGGUACUUGGCUCCAGAGUAUGCCUCAAGCGGCAAGUUGACCGAGAAAUCUGAUGUUUUCUCAUUUGGGGUCAUGCUCUUAGAACUCAUAACUGGAAAGCAACCUGUUGAUCUUACUAAUGUAAUGGAAGAUAGCUUAGUAGAUUGGGCUCGACCACUUUUGGCUCGUGCACUGGAGGAUGGCAAUCAUGAUCAGCUGGUUGAUCCACGCUUGGAGCUUAACUACAACCAUAACGAAAUGCAACGCAUGGUAGCCUGUGCUGCUGCCAGCAUCAGACAUUCAGCAAGAAAGCGCCCGAAAAUGAGCCAGAUAGUACGUGCCCUGGAAGGUGAUUCUUCCCUGGAUGACCUGAAUGAGGGCGUCAAGCCAGGCCAAAGCACAAUCUAUGCCUCUGGCACAAGUUCAGACUACAGCAAUAGUUCAUACCAAGCUGACAUGAAGAGGUUCAGACAAAUAGCACUAUCGAGCCAGGAUUUCGGGGCUAGCAGCGAAUACGGAAUUUCCAGCAGCGAUCACUCUAGCGAGAUGGCAUCUGGAGGGAUGCAAAAGCACAACAAUUAACAAGCCGACCAAAACCAAAAGCUUGACAAUCAAAACAGUGAUUGUUUACAUAACAAUAUUGGUUGGUUCAAUAUCAUUUUCAGCUUCAGUUCAGUCUAUUAAUUUGGGAUCAUUGUUAAUCCAAGUGUCUUCUCUUCAUUAUCAGGAUUUGCAUUAUUUAUGCAUAGAUUUGAUCAUGUAUGGUGGCAGAUGUAGAUUAUGUUUUUUUGUGUGAGAUGAUCGAAUUCUACGUAUAUUUGAAUGUGAAGGUCUUUUUUGGACUUGUCUGUUUUUGCCACUGCAUUUUAUAA